GUGGAAAUGUAUUUUUGCAGCCGAACCGAUUCACUCCUAGCAUGUUAAUUGGACGAGUGUAUUUGUAAAUCUGUAGAAGCAGGGUGAAAUGCUUGUAUGUUUCCAGCUGUCAUUUUCCUUUAAGAUGAUGUAAGGCUCAUCUCCCUAAGAAUGGUCUCCCUCCCCCGUCCGAAGCCUCUCUCUCUCAGCACACUGCAUCCAUUCGCACAACGCUGCUGAUGCUCAGGAGAGUCAGGAUGCACAAACUUCACAAUGCACCCUCCUUUUCAACCACAGAUCCUUUUACUGAAAUGCCGGGUGGGUGCCAAGUACAUGAAGACUGACUAUCCUGGACAGACAAGAUUUCUCGAAGGAGAAGCACUCUUCUGAAGGAAGUUGAAGCUGGUGCAGUUUUUCAUUUUUUUUUACAAGCUGAACUUAUUUUUGGAUGUUGUAGCUGGAGGAUAGUUGCACAAUUAUAUCCCUUGGGUGAGAGCUCUUCUAUUUCUGCAUUAUUAUAAAUAACAAAAGGGAGAUGCGUGUUCAGAUUUAUCACCUGGCAAUAGAUGCUCAGUUAUAUUUGUGGGAAAAGCCUAGUCUUAACAUGUCGUACUGAUGCAUUUAUUAUUUUUUAUAAACACUCUGUACGUCUCAGAGAUGCUGCACAUAACACAAUAGACCCUGAAUGUCUAUUAAAGCGCGUGCAGGUUAUGUUCCUCUUGACUUUUUGCGCACUAAAAACAAAUCCCAAACUUUUGCGUCUCCGCCUUUUCGUUUUCUGAAGCGUGCAACGCACUAAAAUGGCCCUGACUGAGAAUGGCAAGACUUAUCAAGCGCCCAAGGACAGUGGAUGUGCUCAGAGUUGCUCUGGUGAUGUGGUGGAGCUCAAUGUAGGUGGACAGGUGUAUUACACUCGCCAUGCCACCCUCACCAGCGUGCCAAACUCACUGCUGGGGAAACUGUUCUCAGCUAAAAAAGACGUUUCCAACGACCUCGCGCAGGACAUCAAGGGACGCAUCUUCAUCGACAGGGACGGGUUCCUCUUUCGAUAUGUGUUGGACUAUCUCCGCGAUAAGAGCGUGGUGCUCCCGGAUUAUUUCCCGGAGAAAGGGAGACUCAAACGCGAGGCUGAGUUCUUCCAGCUGCCUGAGCUUGUCAAAAUCCUUACGGCUGAUGAAAACAUCCACGGUGAUUUCGACGAAGCGUCCCAGGGAAGCGAUCAGAGGUUGUUCCCUGCGUCUUACCUGGACGCGCGCGAGAGGCGCUACGGCUUCAUCACGGUGGGAUGCAGGAGCCCGUGCGCUUUCGGGAGGGACGCGGAUACCAAAACUCGCGGACUACCCAAAAUCUUCAUCUGCGGAAGGGUCGGUCUGGCCAAGGAAGUUUUCGGGGACACCCUAAACGAGAGCCGGGACCCCGACAGGACAGCCGAGCGCUACACCUCUCAGUUCUACCUGAAGUUUCGUCACCUGGAGCGCGCGUUUGAUCUGCUCGCGGAGAGCGGCUUCCAGAUCGUCGCGUGCAAUUCAUCAAUCACCGCUUCUCCGCACAACAGACGCACGGAUGACAGAUACUGGUCCAAUAACGCAGAGUACGUCUUCUACCGUGGCCCAUCCGGAUGGUCUUCUUCUCACUGCGACUGCUGCUGCAAAAGCCACAAGAGCGAGCACGAGGGUGAGAGCGGCACUUCCUUCAACGAGCUCUCCACUUCCUGUUCCGAGACCCAAUCGGAAGCCAGCUCUCCGCAGGAAACGGUCAUCGUGCGUCCCGUCUCCCGCCAGCCCAACAUUCAUACUCUGGACCGGCCGGCGAAAAAGGGUCCAACCCCGAUUCCAAGGAGAACUGAUCUGCUCCGCGUUCGAACCACAGGUCCUCGUGACGUCAUGUCAGGGAAGAGGAAGCCGGCCAAGGAGAAGAUGACGCCGGAGCAGGAGCUGGAGAAAUGCAUCCAGGACUUCCGGCGGAUUAAAAUUCCAGAGCGUUUUCCGGAGAGGAAGUACAUGUGGCAGUCGGAGCUCUUGAAAAAAUAUCGGCUCUGAAAUGAUAUCCUGUGCACUUUUAAUGCAACACAACAGAGCUCAUACGAUUACAUAAUUCUUCUCAGCUUGGGCUUAAUUGGCUCAUUUUUGUGAUCAUGUGGCAAGAUGCACAAUUAACAAUUCCUGUGAACUUCAAGUGACUCCUAAAAGGACCGGUCCUGUUUGGCACAAUGACAUUAAAGUCUAAACCAAUUUCACAGCAUCUAGACGAACCUCUCAAAUAAAAAACAGACUGCAUACAUAUAUAUAUACACAAUAAUCACAAGUGUGUAUUACCUGGUGAUGCUCAAAGUCGGUGCAAGGACUGCAUAGCACUUAUGUACACCGUUUCACCUAUAAAUGCAAUGCACAUAUGAGAACUGCAGGAAUCGAAUGUGAAGGUGGUUUGCAUUAUUCAAUACUGUGUUUAACUGAUGGAGAGUUUUAAAGAAUAAUUCACUCAGGAAUGAAAAUUAGCUGAAAAUGUAUUCUCAGGCCAGAGUUUGUGUCUUAAUCAGAUUUGGAGAAAUUUAGCACUGCAUCAGUGUCUCAGCAAUGGAUGCUCUACAGUGAAUGGGUGCCGUCAGAAUGAGAGUCCAAACAGCUGAUAAAAACAUCACAGUAAUCCAUGCCAUCAGUUAACAUCUUGUGACGUGAAGCAUUGAGUGUUUCUAAUAAACAAACAUUAAGACACUAAACCAUUACUUCAGGACAAAAUCCAUGAUCCAUAAUAAUGCGUCCUCCAGUGAAAAAUUCCAUCCUCUCACAACAAAAUCCACUGAUCUGUGCAUAUUUCUCUCCUGAUCGAGAUAAGACGACUUUUUUUCCCCCUUGGGAAUUCAAUAUUAUGGAGGACUCGUAUGGUUUGAAGUCAAAACAUCUUAAAGAUGGAUUCGUUUCUUACAGACACAGUUUUCCAGAUGUUAACUGAUGGACUGGAGUGGAUUACUUGUGGAUUAUUGUGAUGUUUUUAUCAGCUGUUUGGACUCU